UCAGACUGUUGGGUAAUAGUUAAUGGUGAAGUUUUAAAUGUUACAAAUUUUCUUCCAGAUCAUCCUGGCGGUAAGAAAGCCAUUCUAAUUUAUGCUGGAAAAGACGCUACUGAAGAGUUCAAUAUGUUGCAUGAUAAAAAUGUAGUGCAAAAAUAUUCACCAGAG